UAUGUCUAUGUUAUAAAAAUGUGUUUUUAUUCUUGUAGGCAGAAGCAUGUAAGUCCAUCGAGUAUGCCAUGAAGAAAUGUCCUAAUGGGAUGUAUUCUGAGAUCAAGUAUGAUGGCGAGCGUGUGCAGGUCCACAAGAACGGCAAUCACUUCAGUUACUUCAGUCGAAGUCUCAAACCAGUACUCCCACACAAGGUUGCCCAUUUUAAAGAUUUCAUACCGCAAGCAUUUCCUGGUGGCCACAGUAUGAUCCUUGAUGCUGAAGUUCUUCUUAUUGAUACAAAGACUAGCAAACCACUGCCUUUUGGGACUCUUGGGGUACACAAGGUAAACCAGAAA